CACAAAAUGGACAACAAAUCCCAGCAGUGUGAGGAGACCUGAAAGUGGCACAUGGCAGAGUUUGGGCGAUGGAGACAGCAGCACUGGUGAGGUCCGUUACAGGGACCCAAGACACAGACUCUGGAGCCUGGCAGCAGCAUGAGGAGGCAGGUACGGGGGGCACCAUUGACGAGAUUAUGGGCCUUGGCCGCAGCAAUUGGGAGUCGGCCGUAUCGGCCAGCACCCUAUGACAAAAAUGGCAACCCACAGCGUUGUGCGGAGACCUGAAAGUGGCACCAUGGCAGAGUGUGGCGUGGAGACCGAGCAGCAUGGUGAAAGGCCGUCAGGGACCCCUGAGAACUCUGGGAUUGGCAGCAGCAUG